ACGACCUCCGCCAUGGGCUACACACUCUGCGUCCUAGGAUGUGGAACGAUGGGCAUUGCCAUACUCUCCGGAGUGGUCGACAGCCUGGAAGCUCGUAAUACCACGAUCCGACCGCCUCAUUCCAAGUGGGAGGUGCAUACCCCAGGAACGAUGACUCCAGCGGAGUCAUCGGAGGAUGAUGCCUCAUUACCGUCUCGCUUCAUUGCCUGUGUAACGAGGACCGAGAGUGCAAAAAAGCUCAAAAAUGUCUUCUCGGCUUUGGGCCCCAUAGGGACGAAGGUGGAAGUAGUCACUGGCCAAAACUUGGAGUCCGUCAGACAGUCGGACGUUGUGAUAUUAUGCUGUAAACCCCAGCAAGCCCAGUCAAUCCUGAGUGGGCAUGAAAUGCAAGAAGCCCUCGCAGGGAAGCUCCUCAUUAGUAUCCUUGCUGGGGUGACGAUCCCUCAAAUGUCUGCAUGGGUACUUCCUUCCACUACUGUCAUACGUGCGAUGCCGAAUACACCAUGUAAGAUUCGUGAAGGCAUGACGGUGGUCAGCGCUUUGCCAGAAUCGUCGGAUGUGGACCUCCAGCGCUCCGUUAUCCUCAAUAUAUUUUCGUCGAUCGGACGCUGCCGUUUCCUCGAUGAAAAGCACUUCGACGCGUGCACAGCACUCUCCGGCUCUGGCCCAGCGUUCGCGUGCAUAUUCCUGGAGGCCAUGGCCGACGGAGGUGUUAUGAUGGGUCUUCCCAGAGCAGAGGCUCUUGAGCUUGCCGCGCAGACUCUUCAAGGAGCUGCUCGUAUGACCUUACAGGCGGGUGCUCAUCCUGCUCAAAUUAAAGACACUGUCACGACACCCGGGGGUUGCACCAUUGCCGGGUUACUGGCUCUGGAGGACGGCCGCGUAAGAUCGACCAUUGCUCGUGCCAUCCAGAUAGCGACUGAACGCGCGAGCGAGCUUGGACAACCCGCCAAGCAUUGAUGACACUAGGGACAAAAUCGCGGCACAUACAUUUGCAUCGAUAUAUCACAUAUAUUGAGACGAGCAGGAGAUAGACUGUACAAUCCACUAAACCAAAAAAUGUGUGAUUGUAACCCACUUGCAUAAUCGAUGCCUCCAUUAUCUGAAGCAUCGCCAAGGAGUGGGUCGCAACACAAUCAAUAUUGCU